AUGCCUAUUCCAGUUCCCCAGGCCGAUAGCCUGAAGGACCUCUUCAGCCUUAAGGGCAAGGUCGUGGUCGUCACCGGUGCCUCGGGCCCCCGUGGUAUGGGCAUUGAGGCCGCUCGUGGCUGCGCUGAGAUGGGCGCCGACCUGGCCAUCACCUACGCUUCCCGACCGGCAGGCGGCGAGAAGAAUGCCAAGGAGCUGCAGGAGAAGUACGGUGUCAAGGUCAAGGCCUACAAGUGUGAUGUGGGCAGCUGGGAGAGCGUUCAGGACUUGGUCAAGAACGUUAUUAAGGAAUUCGGCAAGAUCGAUGCUUUUAUCGCCAACGCCGGUCGUACUGCCAGCAGCGGAAUCCUCGACGGCUCCGUGAAGGACUGGGAAGAGGUUAUUCAGACCGACUUGACCGGUACCUUCCACUGUGCUAAGGCCGUGGGCGCUCACUUCAAGGAGCGUGGCACGGGUAGCUUCGUUAUUACAUCCUCUAUGUCUGGCCACAUUGCCAACUUCCCGCAGGAGCAGACCUCCUACAACGUCGCUAAGUCCGGCUGUAUCCAUAUGGCCCGGUCGCUCGCCAACGAGUGGCGUGAUUUUGCUCGUGUCAACAGCAUUUCCCCCGGCUACAUCGAUACCGGUCUGUCUGACUUUGUUGACCAGAAGACUCAGGAUCUGUGGCUCUCGAUGAUCCCUAUGGGCCGCAACGGCCAGGCCAAAGAGCUGAAGGGUGCUUACGUCUACCUGGUCAGCGAUGCCAGCACCUACAUGACCGGCAAUGAUUUGCUCAUUGACGGCGGAUACUGUGUCCGGUAA